AUGAUGAUUGUAAGGAUGCCUAGGAAACCAAGGUACAACAUUAUACGGGAACCCCCAAAAGAUGCCGGUACUGAAGAGACAACGGUUGGGUCCACAACUAGAGGAACUCAGACAUCACGGGAGCAAUCACGUGAUAGGGCUCCUCCGAUUUCAUCCUCAGCUAAUAGAGCUCCGACAACCCAUAUAAAUGAACCGUUUCGUGCACCGCACAUCGAUCAUAGGAAUGCACAGUUGAAUGACGGCGUGAGAAAAGUUUCUAAGCUGAGCGUGAAGGAGGCUAUAGCCCUCCCUUCCAAUACAAAGAUAGUACUCCCAUUUAACAAUGAGCUGCAACUGAUUGGUCAGGCAGCAGGAUUAUUGAAUGGUUUUAUAGAAAGUUUGGGUGCGGAUUAUUCCCAGUUCCCCCAUAUACUUAGACAGUUGGAAGCUGGUGAGCAAAGCAAAGAGAGAACAUGCCGGGUCUUUUACUAUGAGGACGAUGCCAGAGGAAAAAUAAAGUGUGAUAUUUUGAAGAGGAUAGGAAAGAACUGGAAGGAUACAAGGCACCACUUGUUUCAUAGGUGUUACAAACAAAUAAGGACUUAUGAGGAAAAUCUUCAGCAUCACCCGAAAGAAAUAGACAAAAAUAAUUGGAAAAAGUUCGUUGACUAUCGCCUGAAUGAAGAAACACAGAAAAAGUGUAAACAGAACACUUUAAAUCGGAGCAAGCAACUUUACACACAUAUUGGGAGCUCCAAAACAUUGGCGAGAGAAAAAGACGAAGUGGAGAGAGAGCAAGGAAGGUCCAUUGGUAGAGUAGAGUUGUUUAUCAUGACUCAUAAGAAAAAAGAUGGCUCGUAUAUCCAUCCCGAUGCGCAUGUUAUUAGUGAUGGAUCCUCUAAGCAUCUUUCACAAAAUGACUCGCUAGCACAAGUUCUCGGAAAGAAGCACCCAGGACGAGUUCGUGCCCUAGGUGCUGGACCAUGUCCCACCCAAGUCUUUGGUAACGCUGCUGGACAACCGUCGGGUUUUGUAGAGUCCAAUGCAGAGGAUAAGAGGAUGAUUGCAGAAUUGACGGCUAAGCUAGAAGAAGAGCGGGCGAAGAGACAGUCAAUACAUAAGGUUUUGGGAUAUGUAGUCCAACAAUUAGGAGGCAAUUUGCUAUUUGAGAUUGCUGAAGAGAUGGUUUUUGUGGGCGAUGCACCGGACUCGUCAUGCGCAGGGCCAUCUUCAUCUGGAAAUCACCACCCGCAACAAAAAUCUUGA